CGAGACUUGAAGGUGCGCGUGUUAGUGCCGCGUUUCACGUGUGUGGCUAAUUCUUGUGUGCACACCGUUUUGUUCCAAUUUUUUUGUGUAAGUUUUCUUCGUGUGUGUGUGUGUGUGUGCGUGUGUGUUGUUUUCAAAAAGGGCUGCGGGGUGUCGAGUUCAUUUAGUUCCGCGUGCCGUCUACUCACUUUUCUCGCAUUCGAUCAACUUUUAGGGGGACGAAGAUUACCGAACCAAUUGCUUUCGGUACGGGAUUAUCGUAAAGCGGCCUGCGUGUCCGGCUUUUACUCUGCGACAAAAUUACACAAACAAUCGAAUUUUAAAGAGAAUUAAUUAAACAAAAGAUGGGACGAAUGAAGUGGUUCAAUUUCAUCGUGGCUCUAUCCAUUCUAGCGAUUCAAUCCGCUUCGGCUAUCCAAUGGCUGGCGUUAUCGAGAUCGAGUGCGGUGGCAUCGGCCAUCGGCACGCCCUUCAUUUGCGACCAGCUGGCCGAAACGUUGGACACGAAACAAGUGCAAUUCUGCAAGAAACAUCCCGGUUUCAUGUUGAGCGUCCAGACGGGCGCCAGCCGGGCCAUCGACGAGUGCAAGUUCCAAUUUCGCACCAGGCGCUGGAAUUGCUCUACACUGGAUGAGACGGCCGGUGGUGCGGCGACCGGCGGACGCGACCGACAGCUGCCCACCAUCGUACCUCUGGCCGGCAUGCCGCCGCCGUCUACCAGAAGUAAAAAGAAAACCGCCAAAGUGAGCAGAGACCUCUACGCCAACGUGACACGAAGUGACGGGCCGUACAAAGCCACGCCUCCCAAACCCCGGAAAACACCGUCUUCGCCCUUCGGACCUAACCCCGUUGUACCCGGAGGGACUCGGGAGGCGGCGUUCGUGCACGCCAUUUCAGCAGCCGGAGUGGCGCACGCCCUAACUAGGGCCUGUUCAGCUGGCGAGCUGGACGAUUGCGGAUGCGAUAGAACCGUGCGCGGAGCUUCGCCCGAAGGUUUCCAAUGGGCCGGUUGCUCUGACAACGUUCACUUCGGCACGAGCUUUUCACGCACGUUCGUCGAUGCACGAGAACAUCGUUUCUCUAAGCGCAAGCCGAAAGCCAAUCUGAACGGCACGGCGGCUGUCCAGCAGCAAAUGCAAAUAUGGCGCGCUCUCAUGAACCUACACAACAACGAAGCCGGACGCAAGAUCAUCGAGAAAAGCAUGAGGAUCGAAUGCAAAUGCCACGGCGUGUCAGGUUCGUGCGAGCUGCGUACAUGCUGGAAGGCCAUGCCGUCUUUCCGCGAGAUUGGCGAGCAGUUGAAGGAGAAAUUCGAUAGUGCCACGGAGGUGGAGCCGAGGACGUCACAUUCUGGAUCGCGACGCCACCUGGUGCCGCGCAGUCCAACUUACAAGCCGCACACGGACGCCGAUUUGGUUUACCUCGACCGUUCGCCCGAUUAUUGCGAAUACGAUUCGAGAACCGGCUCCCUGGGCACUCACGGAAGACCCUGCAACAAAACGUCAAAGGCCAUCGAUGGUUGCGACUUGUUGUGCUGUAACCGGGGUUACAAGAGCCAUCGAGAAAGGAGGGCCGAAAGGUGCAUGUGCAAAUUUCAUUGGUGCUGCUCUGUUCAUUGCAAGACAUGUCUACGUGAAGUCGAAGUGCACACGUGCAUGUGAACCGCUGCGCAUCAUCGAACGACAUUUGAAACAUUUCAAACUGUUCUUGAAUUUAAAAUGUUCCACAUAUAAAUUUUUUUCUGUCCCUCUGCACACCAUUUUCAUUUUCAACUUGAUCAUCUUUCCUCUUUCCUUUCUUUUCCUUUUUCCAAAUCACACAUUUUGUUUUUUUUUUUUUAAUAAUCGUCAAUUAUUAUUACUAUUAUUACUUUUAAAAAUUAUUUUCCCAGUUUUCAUUAUUAUUAUUAUUAUUAUUUUUUUUUCAUUCUUCAAAAUCUCAGUAUUAUAAUAUCGACGAACAACCGCAAAACAACCGACACGCCAGUUUAUAUUCAAAUUUUCGUUUCCCCCGGAGAGAUUGUUGUUUGUUUCGAAUUCAUUAUUCAGCCUCAUUCACACCCCGUCGUCAAACCCAACAUGUGUGUUUUCGUCUGCGUACUAUACCUGUGUCUGAAUGCGUGUGUGUGUAUGUGUGCGUGUGUGUGUGCAUAUUUCUAAUGUAAAUACAUUUUACUAAUUUUUUUUUUCCUACAAAAAAAAAAAAUCACAGUGGAAUGCGUAAAAAAAACAAUUCCGUUUGAAAUUAUUUUGCACAUGUUCCGUUUCAAAAAAAAAAAAAAGACAGAAAACAAAAACUAAAAACAAAAAAAAAAUCCCAUAACAAGAAGGAAAAAAAUAAAAUAACAAUUAAUAAAAUAAAUGAAAAUUGGUAAACUGUAUAGAAUGUUAUCUUUUUCCUUAAAGGCGGUGUCGAAGCGGUUUCUUCGGUCCAACCUGCCAUUAUUAUUAUUAUUACACAUUUCACCCUUCUAUUCUGCUAACUUUCUCUUUUUUUUUUUCAAUUUUCGUUUUCCACCUCCCUGACUGUGAAAAUGUGAAUUCCGUUUUGACGUAUUUUUUUUUUUUUUUUCACUACCCUCUUCUCAAAUCCUACAGUGCCAGUUCUUGUUCUUUCUCCAAAGGCCACACCAAUUCAAAUAAUAUUUCUACCGCCCACCCGCCGUCCCCCUCUCCGCCUCCUUUUCAAUGUCUUCUACUUUCUUACAUUUCUGUGUGUGUAUAAAUGCAAUAAAUAACACCUGUAUUUUGUUCCGAGACAGCGGCACGUUUUUACUGCCAGCAAAUGUCACACACACACAAAACACGCACCAUUCAC